AUGACGAUGACAACAUCAUCACUCUCCCAACACGAUGCGCUCUUCAAAAAGUUCCUAGGUGAUAUCGCUGUAGCCCGGGACUUUCUGGAAGUACAUAUUCCGCCCCACCUGCGUGAGCGCUGCGACUUUAGUACUUUGGCAAUGGAAUCGGGCAGCUUCAUCGAAGACGACCUACGCACCCAGUGUUCGGAUAUGCUCUAUUCCGUGCAGAUGAAUGCGGGAAAAGGCUACAUUUACACAUUGAUCGAGCACCAGAGUAGGCCCGAGAAGUUGAUGGCGUGGCGUUUAAUGCGUUAUAGCAUGGCAGCCAUGCAGCGGCACCUGGAGCAAGGCAACGAGACCUUGCCCGUGGUCAUCCCGCUCCUGUUCUACCACGGUACCACGUCGCCCUACCCCUACAGCACCCAAUGGCUCGAUUGCUUUGCUGACCCUGAACUGGCAGAAUCAGUCUAUACACAGGCAUUCCCGCUGGUUGAUAUUACCGCUAUGCCGGAUGACGAAAUCCUGACGCAUCGGCGGGUAGCGCUGCUGGAACUGGUGCAGAAACAUAUUCGUACACGGGAUAUGCUGGAACUGGCCGGAGAUAUCGCCCGCUUGCUUAAUCUAUGGUCAAUACCAAAAGAGCAGUUCCGUAGCCUGAUGUACUAUAUUGUAGGUCGAGGUGAAACCUCAGACACCCGACAGUUUUUACAUACCAUCGCGGUACAGACACAGGAUUAUCAGGAGGAUGUCAUGACUAUUGCAGAACAGCUACGGCAGGAAGGUGAGCAAAGGGGCAUCCAGAAGGGUAUACAACUUGGUGAGCAGAAAGGACGCCAAGAAGGCGAGCAUAGCGCCUCGCUGAAAAUUGCAAGGCAACUUCUCGCCAACGGCGUUGAACGUACUCUUGUCAAAAUGUCGACCGGCCUUUCCGACGACGAGUUGGCUACCCUGUUCGACGACGGACGCUAA